UGUUAUGAUAAAUCUGUUUAAUGUUAAUAGGAUGUGCCUACAAACCUACAUACUGAACUUUUGAACUUAUGAGUAUAGCUCCCUGGUCUGUCCUCAACAUCCCAACCCCCUUCCGACAGAAGCCGAACCGAGCCGAACCCCUCCGACAAUGACGUCACCAUAUCUCGUUCUUUCGAUUUUUCGCCUGCUGCGUGCGAAGGAAGGAGAGAGAGACAGACAGGAGAGAGAAAACCAACGGCUCUCAGCGAAGCAACAAGAAGGAAGAGCAAUAAUGGCGACACUGGCUCGCCAAAUACCAAGUCCGGACAGCUUCCUCUGCGAGCCUUGGUCUUCCUACAUCAGCGCGGCUAAAUUACGUUUUGUUGACACCUCGUCCUCGGAUAAAAGCGACAAAGAAGAGCUCUACUGUCUCGGUGAAGCUGUGAGGCUCAGCAAACAAGAGAUGCUCGUCUGCCGCAAGUUUCCAGCUCUGGAGGAUUUUUGUCUUGUUGUCUGCCAUGUCUGCAAUCAGGUGGUCACUCCUCAGGGCAUCCUCACACACUAUGAGAAGCGCCACGGCUCCCCCGCCCCCUCCAGGAGCCCCCUGGUCCCCAUGAAGCCCAAAGCGCCUGCAGUGGCCCCCGCUGUGACUCCCAGUCCUGGGGACACGCUGGCCUUCAGGGUCCCUAAAGAUUACCCUCACUCACGCUUCAGCAAGGCGCCUCUCGCUGUCUACCCACCAAAAGGGGCACGGAACAAGACGUGUGUAUCCCUUCCAGUCGUCAGCCUGGAGAAGAUGCCCUGCCUCAGCCGUGCCGACUCCGCAUCACACGUGCGCCUCACCUCCGCCUCUUCCUCCCCCUCCCCCUCCUCCCUCAAACCUCCAUCCCUAACUCCCCCGGCCUCCCAGCGGUCCAGCGAGAAGCUCGUGAACGGUCGCGGCACCGGCGGGCCAUCCACGCCGCGCCCCACCACCUCUCCAUCCUCUCUGGACGGGCGGCCCAGCCCGGCGCGCUCUCCACUGGACAGGCGGCUGUCGUCUACACCUUCUCCCUCCCCGCUGGACCGGAAACCCUCCCCGUCGCCUUCCCCUUCUCAGAGAUCUGGCGCUCUACCACCGCCGCCGUCGUCGUCGUUGCCAUUGGAGAAGAAGCACCAAAACGGGACUAAGACUUCCUCCAGGUCACAAAAAAGACUCUCAGGGAGAGUGUUUGAUCCUAACAAGCACUGUGGAGUCCAGGACCCAGAGACUAAGCGGCCCUGCACACGGUCUCUCACCUGCAAGACUCACUCCUUAACCCACCGCCGAGCCGUCUCCGGCCGAAGGAAACAUUUCGACGUCCUCCUUGCCGAGCACAAAGGGCGGGCGAAGGUGAACGAGGGAGCGAAGGAGAAGGAGAGGGAGGGAUCGCAGGGAGGGAAGGAAGGCAGCAGCCAGAGCAUCACGUCACAAGACACCUCGUGUCCCAGCAAGCCUCACUGCCCAAACGGACGAACUCUGUCCAUGCUGAAGCUACGGCUGGCGAACGCACACAUACCCAGGGUUCCCGGCUCCACCACCUCCACCUCCACCUCCAGUCCUCUGCCCCCAGCACCGGCCCCCGCCCCGGCCCCUAACCCAGAGCCGUCUCCCCACAGUUUGGUGGCGGCAGCAGGAGACGGCGGUCGACUUUCCAGUGACGAGGGAGACGCAGAGACUCCCGAGGACACUGACAGACCUGCCUUUCACUACUCCAAUCGCCACCCACAGCCUUUAGGGUUUUGCGUAUUCAGCCGCCGGCUCAUGGGACGGGGCCACUACGUGUUCGACAGGCGAUGGGACCGGAUGAGGCUGGCGCUCCAGAACAUGGUGGAGAAACACCUUAACGCACAGAUGUGGAGGAAGAUGCCUGUGGCUGCUGAGAGCCCCCUCUCCCUCUCCUCCUCCGGUACCUCCCCCGUCACUUCACAACAGACUCCCUCUCCCACCUCCUUCACCUCUCCUCUCCUCUCCUCCCCCUCCAACUCCCUCUCCUGCACCGCCACAUUUCCUCAGUCUGCAUCCACGGCGGGGGUGUUCACCAUUCGAGACGCUCCGCAGCCCGCCGCCCCAGUUUCCGCGCUGGGUAAAGCCCGUAACGGCACGCAUAAAGCCGGCCGCCCAUCCAAAGACACGGAGGACUCGGUAGCGGGAUCUAAGAGGAGGAAAAACUCUUCCUACCCCUCCUCCUCAUCCUUUUCUCCUUCUGCCUUGUUUCCGACUGUGGAUAAUCUUAGGAGGAACGGCAGCAGCUAUCAUCCAACGUUACAAGGUUCAGGGGGGACGGCAGCGAACCCAGCCAGGAAAAAGGGACUUGGGCGCGGGGCAAGUGGGCUUUGGAGCGGCGGACAGGACUGGCUAUCCAGAGCCGAUGGGUCUCAAAGCCACAACUCACAGAACAGUCGCGAACUUGGCACGACCAGUAUACCCUACUCACCCAGCAGGGAGCCUGCCUCCGCUCCCCAUCCGCCCCUGGCCUCCCCCUCCGGACCCUUGGCUUAUGGGGGAGGAGCAGAGGGGAGGAAGAGGAGGAGUCCCAGCUCUUACAGAGGGAAGGCCAGCAAGCUGAGCAGGCCGGGCGGUUUGGAGAGCAUCUUUGGGAAUGGGAGCGACAGCGUGGGAAUACUGGCUUUGGGACCCGAGUCCCCGAGACAGGCCAAGUUGCAUCACUGACAGAGAAACCUGUUUCACGGACAGAAUGUUGGGCAGCUGUGCAGACCACCACCGUUUGUGACCUUUGACCUCACCACUCUUCCGCUGACAGCACCAAUCAGACUGCUUCAUCUCGGCGGUGUCACCCCCCCCCCUCAUUCAUCCAAUGACAGUUCAGCUCACCCCCGCUGUGACACCGGGGCUCUGGAGUCUUUGCCCACAGUCGAGACCGGCUGGCAGUUAACUUCCACUCUCCACCUUCUAAUUACGGAUCGCUGUGAUGGAAAAGCUGCCGUGCAUCGCUGCGGUUCGCGGCCUUUUCAGAACAAGACAGCGGAAUCCAAAAAAAACUCAUCCUCUGAAAAGGGAAUUUGCCUCUUUUUGAGGCAUUGUUAAUAAUACCACCACUGUUCAACUGUUGGGGAGACACUUUCCUGGUUGCCGUGUCCGGUCAGCUGACGACGAAAGAGGUCUGUGAUUGUUUUUGGGAGUUAGAUGGUUGAAGGACCUACUGACACGACUACUGUAGGACUCAGCCUUCAUCUAUGCCACCUCAACUGCCCCCCACUUACACCCUUUUUCUGUCCUUUCUCUUGAUUUUAGCUUCUCCUCUUCCUCAAAGAUGGAAGAGACAACAGCAGCUUUAGUUGGGUUUUAUCCAGCUUUUUCCUCUCUUUCUGUAUUUCUCUCCAUCUUUCUUUACUACUCUUUGUAUCAAACAACUUUGUCUGUACAAUUCUCCCCCCCACCAUCCAUCCCAGCAUGCCUGUGUUCAAAGUGCACUUACUGCCCUCGCUUCCCCCCUCGUUCCCUUCUUCAGCGACUCCAGAGCAGCCUCCAGCAGUGCCACACAAGGACCUGUUCACACAAGGGAAGAAAAAAAACGCGUUACCAACGAUGCCGCGUCAAUGCAUUGUAUUUCAAUAUAGGAAGACAUUUUAUUUGAAGAAUUGUUUUUUUCUUUCGUUCUGGUUUUCAAAUGUUGCAAGAAACACAAACUCCUGUCUGUGUGUCAGGACUUGCAUCCAAAAAGGAAUGAUUAACCACGGCGUUGGAUCUUUUUUUUUUUGUACAAUAAUUUAUGUUUUCUAACUGACCCUCGAUGUUUGAGAGACUUUUUGAGCAAAAACAUAAUUUCUAUGGUAUUUUGAAGAACUGUUGAAAGUAUUAUGAUAGAUCAUAUUGUUGAAAAAUGUGUACAUAUCUGUUAUUAUUUUUGUAUUUAUUAAUAAUUGUCCCCUUUUACUAAAUAUGAGCUAGACGGAGUAUUUUGCCCUCCUACAUAUAGCUCUGUGUUUAAUGAUGAUUGAAGAGAUUGGCCUGGUUUCUCAAAAUCUUCAAGAACUUGUUCAUUAGCAAGAUUUUAAAAUGACUACAGAUUAAUACUCAACACGCAGCCAAAUACAAACUUUGACUGUGGCUGCUGUGUAUGUCGUUUCUAUUUCGCUGUGCAGACAGAUAACAACCUGUGGUCAAUUCUAAAAAGUAUUUUAUUCAGACA